ACUUGUGCACACCAUAGGAAGUUCAGAAAGUUGACUUCCGCCACAGAAGAAGAAGACAAUUUUUUUUUUUUUCCCGUUUUCCUUCUCUGUUAACUAUUGCGGUUGUGGUCAAUUCAUAGAUUUAAAUGUUUGUAUAGCUUUCAUCUAAAGGAAAAAAUGCCUGUCAUUUGCGCAGCAGCAGGAUGCAACAAUAAAUUCGUCAAGGGAUCGGAAAUACGAUUUUAUAGGUUUCCUCUGAGUAAACCUCAACUUGCCAGCAAAUGGGUGCAGAGCCUUGGAAUGAAGAAUUUCAUCCCCACUUCCAACACCUGCCUCUGCUCGGAGCAUUUUCGAAAUGACUGCUUCAGGGAUUAUAAUGGCAAGCAGUUUCUACGGGAAGACGCCGUACCCACCAUAUUCACCCAGGGGCAGGACUCGUCAAAGAUCGAACUGCGGAAAAGAGCGGUCGUGCCGAAAGAGUCAAACACACCAAAUCAGAUGACCACACAAGCAGAGAGAGAGAGGGCAAGAGAGAGCGCCAUGCGGCGGGAAAAAAGGGGAGGAUUCAGGGGAGGUCGAGGAGGCCGAGGAGCCAAGCAGAUGUCCGACAGGCCGAGUGCUGCGGCCAAGAGCAAAGUGUACGACAGCAAAGGCCGGCUGCUCUCCAACGGCAAGGACGUGUGCGACUGUCUGGACGUGGACUGCAUGGGCUGCUUCUACCCUUGCCCCGAGUGCGGAUCGCGCAAAUGUGGCGUUGAGUGCCGCUGCGACAGGAAGUGGCUUUACGAGCAGGUGGAGGUGGAAGGAGGAGAAAUCAUUCGGAACAAGUUUGCCGUCUAGAGACUUUUGGUUUUCGUUCCAGACUGUUUGUGAAGGCGGGAAGUUUUUCCUCCUCCUGAAAUCUGGUGAGCGGUUUCAGAACCCUGAAGGUUUGUAAAAUAGAUAUACAUUUUCUGCAUUUUUGAUCGAUACUUUGGUUUUUUACAUUUCUACUACUAAUAUGCUUUACAGACGCACAUUAAUGAGCAAAAACUGAACUAUAAUUGCUCCAAAGACUCCAGUAAACCCACCCAGUUCUUGAGUUAUUGCAGAAGACAAACAAAUAUGAGAGAAUCUUACAACAUAGGUUGAUAUUAAAAUGUGUUUCCUUUGUUAAUAAAAUAUGUUCAAGCUUUUA